UCUACGAUUCACGUGUUUCGUGGUAUUUGUUUUCAAUGAUCUGAAUUCUCAUUUAAAAAUAAUACACUAAUUAACAUGUCUUCAUGGAAAAAGGCCGCUAAGGCCCACCAGAAGACGCACAGAGAGCGUCAUCAGCCGGAAGCUAGGAAACAUCUCGGUUUACUCGAAAAGAAAAGUGACUAUAAGAAGCGCGCUCAAGACUACCAUGAUAAGGGCAAAACACUUAAAUUGCUCCGAAAAAGGACGCUGGACAAGAAUCCUGAUGAGUUCUACUUUCAUAUGAUCAACUCUAGGAUGAAAAAUGGGGAGCACCAUGAGUUAAAGAAAGAAGAAGAACACACGGACGAGCAGAAGAAGCUGAUGCAGAGCCAAGAUGUGAAGUACAUCAACAUGAAACGGGUGAUGGAGAGUCGCAGGAUUGCCCGCUUGCAGUCUGAGCUCCACAUGACUGACAUUGCCGAGGCCACAAAUAACACUCAUACUUUCUUCAUAGACUCGGACGAAGAGAAAGACUUUGAUUUGGCCAAGAGGUUGGACACUCAUCCGGCGCUGCUCGGUCGUAAGACGAACAGGCCUCGACUGAAGGAUUUGGAUAAAAUACAGCUGCCUGAUGUGGAUGAGGAGGCCAUUGUAAAACUGAAGAAAAACAAAGAAAAAGUAUACAAGGAAUUGUCGAAAAGGAUAGACAGAGAGAAAGAACUAACAGUGAUUCAGCAGAAAAUGGAGAUAAAGAAACAUGUGCAGGCGGCCAAAGGGGGCAAAGUCAAGCCCAAGCGAGUCAAGAAAGGAAAUAAGCAGAGGGCCCCGGUGUACGAGUUCACCUAUGUAAGGAAAAAAUAAUACUGUAUGUACGAAACUUUGUCUUUAUUUUUUAAUAAAUAGUAUUUGUCAUUAAAA